GCUUAGACUAUGAAGAUUCUAUUUUAUUCCUAAUUUUCUCAUGAGUGGAAACUUCAGGUGAUAAUAUUUUGUUGUCUGAACUCGUCCAUAGCAUUUGGCUCAUGAUACUCUGAAUUGAAAUACUACAUAACACAUGCCCUGUGCUUUUUUCAAACCAUAUAUAUGCACUGCUUUCGUUUCUCUCUUUUUUUUUUUGAUAGCUCUAUAAUAUUUUAAAAUUUUGUUGUACUUACAUACAUUAUGAACCUAUCUUGCCAAAAGGUCCACGUUGUAUUGUUCUGAAGCAAUGCUGUCCAUACAGAAGACUGAACUUAAACAUGUUAUUCUGCCAGAUCUGGCAUUCUGAAUAGUUCUAUAACUAAUUUAGCGCUUGACCUAUAUGUGUAACCAACUAACCAUGAAAUUAGGCGAAAAUAAUAACAAAAAAAAAACUGUCGUUUGGGGGUCCUUAUUUUGUUUUCUCCUCUGGAACAUUAACCACAUAGCUCCGUUUGUACUAUAUUUAUUGAUAAGUAGUGGUGGCACCAUAUUAAACAUGGGUCCUUAUUUUGUUUUCUUCUCUGAAAUAUUAACCAUAUAGCUGUGUUUGUAUUAUAUUUACUGAUUGAUAAAUAGUGGUGGCACCAUAUUAAACAUCUUGUACUUUUUUUUAGAUCAGAUCCUUGCUCUGCAUUCCUUUCACUGAUGAGUAUUGCAGAACUUUUAUGAUCUCCUUUCAGGUUUUUCCUUAACUACACCCAUGGAUAUUUCUAGAUGCACUGUACUGUACACAUGUUUGUACUCAAUUUUCGUUGUUUUCAGUUACUUCUCAAACAAUGGUGUCAAUACUUAAGGAUAUAUGAGAGCAUGGUUUUCUGUAGGUGUUUAUCUCUCUCUCAUUGCUUUAGUCAGUAUAUCCUUGAUGCUAUUGUGGGAGUCAAUUGGUGUGUGUUAUUUCAGGAGUGGAUCCCUUAGUGCCUGGUUACAGAACCUACUGACUUCAGGUCUCAGCAUAUCUAUUGUGGACACCAUAAUCAUCAUAAUGUCAACAAUUCUGUCUAUUGCUUUUCAUGAAUUUGGACAUGCCAUUGCAGCUGCAAGUGAGGGACUACAGAUUGAGUAUGUUGCCAUAUUUGUCGCUGUACUUUUUCCUGGGGCAUUUGUUGCUCUGAACUAUGACCUACUACAAAAUCUACCUCUCUUUUCUAUGCUCCGGAUUUAUUGUGCAGGAAUUUGGCAUAAUGUUAUGCUCUGUACAGCAUGUGUGAUAAUAACAUUAUUACUUCCGGUGAUGUUAUAUCCUCUCUAUGUGAGUGGUGAUGGCCUCAUGGUCAUAGAGGUCCCUGAAAUAUCUCCUAUGUCAGAAUACUUGUCUUCUCAUGAUGUUAUCCUUUCUGUGGAUGGCCUGAAAAUAACAAGAACUGAUGAAUGGAUCAAGAUUCUGAACCAAGGUUCUACAGCAAAAUCUAGUGAUCCUGAGUUCCUUGAAGGCUCUCAUAGAUAUGUUGCCACUAGUUCUGCCAAGGGUUAUUGUGUGCCUGAUUCAUGGAUAGAUGCAAGCAAAAAUCUCUGGCAGAUAAGAGACAAGCUGCCUUGCCCAGAUGAACUGAUAGCCUUCGAAAAAGCUAUCUGUAAUGGCUCAACCAUUUUGACUGAGAAGACUAGCAUAGGUAGUGACCAGAAGGAAGUUGAGGGAAAAUAUUGUUUGAUUGCAAAAGAUGUAGUAAAGCUUAGAAGAUGUGGAAUUGGAUGGCACAGGACUGAAGGUGAUGGAAGUAGUUGUGCAUGUUUUGAGGAUGAGCACUGCUUGGUACCUGUUCUCACCCCAGGCAUUUCAUGGAUUGAGGUCUCCUAUGCCAGGCCAUACUCUUUGGGAUGUUUACAAAAAGCAGGAAAUUUGUUAUCAUCACAUACCGCAAAUAGUAACCUUGGACAGAGUCCUUGUGAAGGAUCUUUUGUUUAUGUGGGUGAUCUGGCAUCAUCAGCACGUUUUGUUAGGUUGUCCCACUACCGACCACGAUGGGCACUUCUACUUUUCAUUGCAGACAUCCCAUAUAUCUUGGAAAAUGGUUUAAGUAGCUUGCUUCAUGCAUCUGCGGCAUUGGCUGUAAUCAAUUGCCUACCGGUGUAUUUUCUGGAUGGUGAAGCGAUUUUGGAGACUACCUUAAGCUAUGUAGCUUGGUUUACCCCAAGACUGCAACGCAGAAUUCUGAAAGUAUGCCGCUUUGUGUGGACGGUUUUAUCAGUUAUUACGUUCUCAAGCAUUUGUUAUUCCACAGUGCUACAUGGUGUUGUAUAACAAAUUACCCAUGGAAUUUUGUCUUGAACAAAGAGAGAAGAUCCUUUUGCGCAUGCCAAUUGUAUUUCGUAUCCUAUAUGAGCUCCUCCCUCCAUUCCAAAUUAUAAUUUGUUCUGGGUUUUCUAUAUACAUACCCCCUCCCAUUUUACU